AUGCCAUCUCAAGCCGUCCAACGCAUCAGCGUCCGCUGGCUCCCUGAGGCCGCCUAUGAAGAUACAGAUACCGUGGCACUCAAUGUUGGAGGAUACUUUAUUGACCUACGCGUGGUCAAAGAAUCCGGCGCGAUCCAAUGGAGUCGAGCUGGUGAGCGGAUCGUCCUCAAAGAGGACCCCCCUACCUUUCGAUGGACUCAUAUUAUUGACUCGCUCGACCUGACCAUUCCAGACGACGCUCACUUCGAGAAGCUGCCGAAUGGAGAUGAUCUUGAGAUUGGUACCUAUCCUCUGGGAGGCGUCCCCACUGAUUACGAAGAGGUCUGGAGAGACAUCACGCAGAAGUCUCCUGGGGAACUUUCGUGGAUUCUUCAAAGCAGUGAUGGGUCUGCUUUCAUUGGCAAGGUCGGGAGCAUAUUUCUGGCCAUACAGAAGACCCAGGGGGGUUUUGCUGCCCGGAGAGAAGAUCGGGACGUGAUUGGGAGCACUUGGAAGCUCACGUUCGAAGAUGGGGCAACGGCUGGUCUCCCUACUGCGGCACAAGGCUCUGAAGCCAUCGAGACUUGGGAUAGUAGGUGGACUGAGGGUCAGACGAUUGAGAUAAAAGGGGUUGAGUACAUGUUUAGGGGGGUUAGCAAGGCCUGA